ACAAAACCGUCCCGGCCGAGCGGUCCUUGCUCACAGCCUCUCGGCUCCGCAGCCGCCCCCACGCAUCACCCACCCGCGGGGACCGCCCCCCCCCUCCCCACCCAUGGGAGACGGCCCGGGAGCGGCGGCCCCUCUGCGCCCGUGGGGAGCUGGCGGUGAGGUCGGGGGGUCCCCUUGCUGUCCUCGCCCCCCUGCCCCGGCCACCAUGGCGCAGCCCGGGGACUGAGCGAGGAGGUGGAGGAAGGACCCACGGGAAACUCGCUGCCGCGUGGGUCCGCCCAGAAGCAGCAGGAGGAUGGAGAACAAAGCCAUGUACCUUCACACCUUCAAUGAGAGGGAGAAUGGCUCCAUCUUCGAGGAGCCCUUCGAGGGAAGGAGCCUUUCCAAACUGAACCUCUGCGAGGACGGUCCCGGGAGGAGGAUGAAGGCAGCAGGACGCUGCGGCUGGCUGGGCUCCUUGGCAGCACUGAAGUAUGCUGUGGUGGGACUCUACCUCCUCGUCUUCCUCAUCCUCGUCGGGGUCUUCAUCCUCGCAGUCUCCAGACCACAGACUUCCCCCGAGGACCUGAAGGCGCUGAUGGGGAACGUCAACCACCUCAAUGAGAGCUUUCGGGACAUGCAGCUGAAGCUGCUGCACCUACCUCUGAAGGGGGACAUGCUGGAUCACAUCUGGAGGCUCCAGGACCUCCUGCAGAACCACUCGGACUCCUUGUUCCUCAUGACAGGGUCACUGCAGAAGCUGGAAGGGCUCCUCUGGAGCCUGCAGACCCAGGCCAGCCAAACUGACAAGGCAGUGUCCAACCUCUGGGACAGUUUGACCCAGCAGAGCGACGCGGCUCAGCAGGAGAUGUACAAGCUCUCCGUGGAAGGCAACAGCAGCCGGCUGCUGCUGCAGCACCACGACCACCUCCUGGGCCACCUGGGCAGCAGGGUGGAGAGCCUGAGCGACCAGAUGACGGCCAUGAAUGGGGCCAUGGACACCAUGAACAGGACCUUCUCCUACGACGUGAACAUCCACCAUACCCGCAUCCAGGACCUGCAGGUGUUGAUCAGCAACGCCACCGAAGACGCCCGGCAGAUGCGCCUCAUCCACAUAGCCAUGGAGGAGCAGCUGAAGCACGAGCUGGCCAUCCUCAACAACGUGACGGAGGACCUGCGGCUGAAGGACUGGGAGCACUCCGUCGCACUGAAGAACAUCUCCGUGAUACGGGGGCCACCAGGACCCAAAGGAGACCAAGGCAAUGAAGGGAUGGAGGGUGAACCUGGUCUUCCCGGCCUGCCUGGGCUGCGAGGGCUACCAGGGGAGAGAGGACCACCAGGACCACGUGGCUUGAAAGGGGACCAAGGAGACCUUGGUCCUCCAGGUCCAGUGGGAAUGCGGGGAUUCAAAGGUGACCGAGGUCCAAAGGGAGAGAAGGGGGACCGAGGCGGCGGCGCAGCAGCUGCCGAGGAAGAGUUGAUUCGGCUGGUGAACGGCUCCGGCUCCCACGAGGGACGGGUGGAGGUCUUCUACGACCGACGUUGGGGCACGGUGUGCGACGACGGCUGGGACAAGAAGGAUGGAGACGUGGUGUGCCGGAUGCUGGGCUUCCGAGGCGCCGAGGAGGUGUACCGCAUGGCCCGGUUCGGCCAAGGCACGGGGAGGAUCUGGAUGGACGACGUCUCCUGCAAGGGGACAGAGGAGAGCCUUCUGCACUGCAGCUUCUCCAGCUGGGGCAAAACCAACUGCGGCCACGCCGAGGACGCCGGCGUGAAAUGCCUGAUGCCGUGAUUUUGGGCGGGGCGGGGGGGGAGAUGGCACCCCCAGGCUGGCUGCGGGGGUCCGGGGAGGCUCGGCCCACCCCGUGGAUCUCACCUGUGCUUCCUGAAAUGGUUUUAUUAUUAGAGAAAUAAAUGCCUUUUUAUUAUUCUCUA